GUUGGAAACAUUCUACGCUGGUAGCAAGGAUGGAUUUGUUACGAGAACAGAUUAUAGUGGACGUACGGAGAUUCGAGAUGGGGAGUGUGUGGCCGUCUGCAAAGAAGAUGCAGGUGUCGUUAAGCUUGUUGCGCUGGACAAUAAAUUUAUAUGGACGGCAACACAUGAUUCCAGCAUCAGAAGAUGGAAAGAUGUGUCUUCACGCCGCGGUUGCAAAGUUCGCACGCCCUCCACCUCUCCUACUUUACCUCCAUCUUCGCCAAUACCCUCAUCUGCUGUGAUAAAGCUUACAUCCACUGGAGUGACAAUGGAUUCAGAGGUUGCAACGUUGCAUUCUUUCGCUACAGAUGAUAUGGAAAAUUUAGAAAAUGACGACCCAAUACCGAUUAGAAGUGAGCCAGACGACAUAUUGGAAGGUCAACAUGGAUUGAUAAAACGUAUUAUAUUAAAUAAUAGAAGACAUAUUCUUACCCUUGACAAUUCAGGAGAGGUCGCUCUAUGGGAUAUAAUUUUGUGUAUACGUGUCAAAACAUAUGGUAAGCGAGAUAUUGAAGAGGUUGCGUCUGAAAUCAACACCAUCGAAUCCAUUCCAAAUUGGUGCUCUGUAGAUACUCGAAUUGGGAUUUUGACAGUUCACCUUGAUGAGAAUCGUUGCUUUGAUGCAGAAAUGUAUGCAGAUGAUUCAAAAUUGAUGGAUGAAGGGGACAUGCGUGAAGACCAAAGAAUUAACCUCGGUAAAGUUGUAUUGCGUAAUCUGUUUAAGAGCUUUACAAAGGCAGAGAUACAAGCGUAUGAAGAAUUACAAAACGUUUUGACAAAGCAAUAUGGUGAUCAGAAACGAGGCGAUCUACAAGAAAAUAGAAUAUCACAACACAUUUCAUUUCCACCUGCAACUUUGCAUUCAGGACAAUUGAAUAAUACGGAGACUACAUCGUCUCCUACGACUUCACCAACUACAUCAACUACACAUUACAUAACAACCGCUUUGCCACCUACUACGCCUCAGGCCGCUUUUACCACUGGCCCAUUCACUGCACCAGCAACUACAGACACGUCGAAGGCAGAUUAUUUUUCCGGUUCUCAUCACAAUUCACCUACAAGUCCCACCGGAGCUUCUGGUAGUCUUACACCUCCGGGUACGACAGGCUCGGAAUCGCUAGGAUCACUGUCAACAUCCGAGUUAAUAAAAGUGCCACCCCCUGCUUUAGUAAAUCAAUCCCAAAACAGCAAUGCAACAUCCUUUAUGGGACGUAUCAUGAAUUUUAGUGUUCGUAAGAAUUCGAGGUCAUCAAAUGCGGAUUCAAAACUAGACAGCGGUAGUCUCACAUCCGAAAAUUAUACAGGAACCAAGCCCAGCGAUUUAAAGUUAACGGUUUCUACUCAGCAUCUGGAAGAAAACGAUUCGAAUUUGAGGAAAGAUGAUGAUACAACGGUCAACUCGCCUACAGGAUCUAUAUCACAUCUUAACAAAUUACAACAUGUUGGUGGAUCAAGUCAUUCAAUCCAGCCCAUUCGUCAAGUGCAUCACCUUAUACAACCUCCGUUUUCUCAGUAUUCACUAAAUGAGACACCAGAAAUUCAUAUACCGCCUCAUACAACAAUAAUCAUUUCCGAAGAAACACCUGAAGCUUCAACUUACGUAGACCUAUACCGAGGGACUGUUGGAUCCUUGGAUAAAGAUGCGGAAACUAUUGAAAAAAAAGCACCAACAUGGCUCAUUGAGUUUCUAAUCAAAAACAAAAUUUCACCGAAAGAGCCGACCAAGAUAGGCUUUAUCUUGAGACCACAUGAGGGUUCUGGCCUUGGUGAUCUUCCAAAUGGCAAUAGUUCUCGGUUAACAGCUAAUCGUAUGUUGCGUGCACGAAAGAUUUUGGCAUAUGUAGUGGAAAAAUUGGACCUUGACAAGAACUUAUCGGACAUCGAUAUUGAAGAAAAAGAUGACAAAAAUGAAACCAAAAGUUUCAUAAAACCUGAAAUGUGGUUAGAAUUAGUCUGUCAAGAUCAGGUACUACCUCCUACAAUGACAUUGGCAACCAUAAAAUCACAUAUCUGGAAAGUUGGGGGUGAUAUUAAGGUUGAAAAGUAUCUAAUUGAUUAA